CUGGGAGCGCGGGGCGCGCGCGCGGUGCCGCGUGACGCCCGGGGAGCGCGGAUGUGUGUGUGGGCGCGAGGCGGCGGGCCUGGGCCAUAGACGCUGGGCCGGAAGGAGAGGCGAGAGGGGCUUGGCUAGAGCGUCGCCCCGGCAGCCGCGGGCGAGUCCGAGUCCGCCAGGCAGCCGCACCCGCGCCCGGACAAAGCCGCCGCCGCCUCCCGCUGCCCCGCCCUGCCCUGCCCCGCCCCGCCCCGCCAGCAGCCCCGCCGCGGAGCCAUGUCGGCCAGCAGCCUUCUGGAGCAGAGACCCAAAGGCCAAGGCAACAAAGUGCAAAACGGAUCUGUGCACCAGAAGGAUGGGUUAAAUGAUGAUGACUUUGAACCCUACUUGAGUCCUCAGGCCCGGCCGAGCAAUGCCUACACCGCCAUGUCCGACUCCUACCUGCCCAACUACUACAGCCCCUCCAUCGGCUUCUCCUACUCCCUGGGGGAAGCUGCCUGGUCUACAGGGGGGGACCCCCCCAUGCCCUACCUAACCUCCUACGGACAGCUGAGCAACGGGGAGCCUCACUUCCUCCCUGAUGCCAUGUUUGGGCAGCCAGGGGCCCUUGGCAGCACUCCCUUCCUCGGGCAGCACGGCUUCAACUUCUUUCCCAGUGGGAUCGACUUCUCGGCCUGGGGCAGCAGCAGCUCUCAGGGACAGUCCACCCAAAGCUCAGGCUACAGCAGCAGCUACGCCUACGCCCCCAGCUCGCUGGGGGGCGCCAUGAUCGAUGGGCAGUCUGCCUUCGCCAACGAGACUCUGAACAAGGCUCCUGGCAUGAACGCCAUCGACCAGGGCAUGGCUGCCCUCAAGCUGGGCAGCACGGACGUGGCCAGCAGCGUGCCGAAGGUCGUGGGGUCGGCCGUGGGGAGCAGCUCCAUCGCCAGUAACAUGGUGGCCUCCAGCAGCUUGCCCCCAGCCACCAUCGCUCCUCCGAAGCCGACCUCCUGGGCAGACAUCGCCAGCAAGCCUGCCAAGCAGCAGCCCAAGCUGAAGACCAAGAACGGCCUGGCCGGCUCGGCGCUGCCGCCGCCCCCCAUCAAGCACAACAUGGACAUCGGGACCUGGGACAACAAGGGGCCCGCGGCCAAGGCCCCGGCGCAAGCCCUGGUCCCCGGCAUGGGGCAGCAGCCGGCCCAGGCAUCCCCCCAGCCCGUGGGGCAGCAGAUCAACAGCAGCCCGCCGGCGCCGCAGGCCCCGAGCGGGCAGCAGCCCCAGGCGCCGCCGCCGCAGCCGAGCCAGCUGCCGGUGCCGCCGGCCCAGCCCUCGCGCUGGGUCGCUCCCCGCAACCGCGGCGGCGGCUUCGGCCCAGGCACGGCGGACGGCGGCGCCGCAGGGCAGGCCCAGGCCGCGCCCGGGGCCGCGCCCGCGGAGCCGCACCCCGUGCUGGAGAAGCUGAGGUCCAUCAACAACUACAACCCCAAGGAUUUCGACUGGAACCCCAAGCACGGCCGCGUCUUCAUCAUCAAGAGCUACUCGGAGGACGACAUCCACCGCUCCAUCAAGUACAACAUCUGGUGCAGCACCGAGCACGGCAACAAGAGACUGGACGCCGCCUACCGCUCGCUGGGCGCCAAGGGCCCGGUCUACCUGCUCUUCAGCGUCAACGGCAGCGGCCACUUCUGCGGCGUGGCAGAGAUGAGGUCUGCCGUGGACUACACCACGUGCGCGGGGGUCUGGUCCCAGGACAAGUGGAAGGGGAGGUUUGAUGUCAGGUGGAUUUUUGUGAAGGACGUUCCCAACAGCCAGCUGCGGCACAUCCGCCUGGAGAACAACGAGAACAAACCAGUGACCAACUCCAGGGACACUCAGGAGGUGCCUCUGGAAAAGGCUAAGCAGGUGUUGAAAAUCAUUGCCACCUACAAGCACACCACCUCCAUCUUCGAUGACUUCUCACACUAUGAGAAGCGCCAGGAGGAGGAGGAGAAUGUCAAAAAGGAGCGCCAGGGCCGUGUCAAGUAGGAGGCCUCCUGCCCCAGAGACUGCAGCAGAGAUCGCAUCCCAGCUGUCCUCCAGAGAGAGCAAGGAAGAGCAGAAGCAUCCCAGAGAGAAUGAGGACUUUUUUUUCCCUUUAAUUUCAUUGACUUCAGAAGGACUCUGGCAAACCUGCAGAUAAACAAAGGAAAGUUAAAACCAGACCCAGCCAAGCAUUGGAAUGUCACAAGGCACAGGACUGAGCCCAGAAACAGAAACCCCUUCUAGGUAGAGUAGAGGUGAAGCUGUCCCCUGCCCUCUUGGCUUUGGUUGUGGUUUCAGAGCAGAGCUUUGGUUUCUUUGUCUCUUUACUAAGUUCUUUGGAUUUCCAGGUCCAUAUGUGGCAGAUGCCUUCAUUUUUUAAUUUCUUUUCCUCUCUAAUUUUCAAACCCUGCUGCUCCCCCCCUGG